AACUUUUGGCAUGCAGUAAGUAAGUGGUUGGUCGCAUAAAAAGUGCAUCUUAAUUCUUCUUCUCCUUCACUUUCCUUCCUUUUUUAAGUAAGCGAAACCAUAUUGAUUGAUAUCCAAAAUCCAUAAAAACGACAACAAUUCGGUCUCACAAUUCAGCUGAGACGGGUUCAAAUUCCAUCGCGGAAAGUAAGUCGACCGGUUGUCAGUUGUUGUUGUCGGGUGGAAAUAUUGACAUUUUGUGUCCAGUCAACUUUUUAAUUAACGACACGUGCUUAGGAAACAUUAUCCUCACUGAAAAUGGGAACUAUAUGAGUAACUUAUUAAUUAACGGUUAAACAAAAGUGUCAACUUAAAUUUGUCUGUGAUUUGGAUCAUGGGUGAAAAAAUCUAGUCAUUCGAAUUAUUAAAAACGGUACAAAUUUAGUGUCAACAAGAAUUAAGCAAGUUGUAACAUUGACGUUAAGUCGAGAUCAACGUAAAAAGGUCAACAGAACAAAGAAGCGAAUCUUUGAAGUGGUGUUCGAAUCAAGUGUCAAUUGCCUUAUCAUCCCUGAUAAUUCCGAUAAUGGAAGGGAAAACCGUCCUCCGAUUAUGGAGCGCUGCUCUCCUCGUGAUCCUGCCCUUGAUGACGAAAUCUUUGGAAAACGGUCUCGCCAGAACGCCUCCCAUGGGGUGGUUGGCGUGGGAAAGGUUUCGCUGUAAUACGGACUGCGUAAACGAUCCAGACAAUUGUAUAAGUGAGCGGCUAUUCAUGCAAAUGUCAGACCUGCUCGUAAGUGAAGGGUACGCCGCUGUGGGGUAUGAAUACAUUAAUGUGGAUGAUUGCUACCUCGCGAAAACGAGAGAUGCACAGGGACGCCUGCAGCCAGAUCCGGAACGAUUUCCGAGUGGAAUGAGGGCACUGUCAAAUUAUGUUCAUGCGAAAGGGCUGAAAUUUGGGAUUUAUGAGGAUUAUGGAAAUUAUACUUGUGCCGGAUAUCCUGGAAUUUUGGGCCAUUUGGAAGCCGAUGCGAACACUUUUGCUGAUUGGGCAGUCGACUACGUAAAAUUGGAUGGGUGUUACUCUCAUCCAGUGGACAUGGAUCGAGGGUAUCCUGAAUUUGGGUAUUAUUUAAAUCAAACCGGAAGACCAAUGAUGUAUUCCUGUUCGUGGCCAGUGUAUCAAAUUUACAGUGGAAUAGAGCCAAACUUCACCGCUAUUAAAGGUGCUUGCAAUUUAUGGCGUAAUUUCGACGAUAUUCAGGACUCUUGGCAAAGUAUUCAAACGAUUAUCGAUUAUUAUGGCGAAAACCAAGAUGCCAUCGUCCCCAAUGCUGGUCCUGGGCAUUGGAAUGAUCCAGAUAUGUUAAUCGUUGGAAACUUUGGGCUCAGUUUUGAACAAAGUAAAUCGCAAUUCGCACUUUGGGCAAUUUGGGCUUCACCCCUCCUCAUGUCCGUUGAUCUUCGAACGAUUAAACCAGACUACAAAGCAAUUCUUCAAAAUCGUAAAAUUAUCGCGGUCAAUCAAGACAUUUUGGGCAUUCAGGGCAGGAGAAUUUACAAAGAUCGCGGAAUUGAAAUUUGGGCCCGUCCCAUCACUCCCGUCGUCCGAGCCGAUUUUUCAUACGCGAUCGUAUUCCUUAACAGACGAACGGACGGAACGCCUUCCGAAGUUUCUGUGAUCAAUAGAGAGCUCGGUCUCACUCAUGAAGCCGGUUACAGGGUGGAAGAUCUCUAUACGAAUAAAGACUAUGGCAUUCUUUCCCCCGAUGACAAGAUCACUGUCGAUGUUAACCCAUCAGGCUGUGUCAUGCUUCGAUUUACGGUAGCUUCUGCCUUCCAAAAGCAGCUCAUCCCCUUUGGUCAUGCUUCCACACUGAAUCAGGACAAACGCGCACUACCUCAGAGACUUCAGUGGUUAUCGCGAUUUCCAUCUUUGGCCAGGUCGUUGGAAGUGGGCGAAAAGGACAACUAACAAUUAUUUAAUUAGUUAAACAAUUAUUUUGAGGCAUAUCUUAAUAAGGGUUCUUCUCUCUGUAUACAUAUAAAUUUUUUAUCGUUUGUUGAUUAAGAAUUGAUAAGAAGGUUCAAAUGCUUCCCUAAAUUCAUCUGCGUUUUGCCAAGCCAUCUGCACAUUUUGUCGUCCUUAUUAAAUUCUUGUUGUUGCUCGUGAUACAAAAUAGAUGAUGUUUUUUGUCUUGUACUUUUUCUUGUGUGAAACAAGGCAGCAAAAAAGUGUCCUUGUAGCAAAACUUUAAAUGGGUUAAGUAGAUCAGUCAAUUUUCCACCGCUUGAGUCGUCGUCUAAUUUGCUUACAAACUGUAAUUAUUUCAUUUUAGACGUUUUUAUAAUGUAAAUAGUGCUACAUAGAUAUACAUAUUUUGAAAUGGUGUGAUUUUAUCUUGAAGGGUUUUUAGAUGUUGAAUGUUCCUAUUUUUAUUUAUUAUAUUUUACAUAUGAAAAAAUAUAAAGGGGGAAAUUUCUUAAGGUUUUAUUAUCUUUCCAUCGACGGCAGGUAUUCAUGCAUGUUGAUUUUUAAUUGUGUUGAUGACUUUGAGCGCGUGAAAUUCAAUAAAUUUUUCGACACCAGA